UUGUUCAAUCGCAAUUGUAUUGCGUUACACUAUAGUUGUUUUGUUUGUUUUUAUGUUACGGUUAAUUGUUUUUAACUUUUAUUGUGGUCUAAAAUCAAAAGUGUUCAAAUAGAAUCAAAGUGUAUUGGUCUGGACUAUUUAACUAUCAAAAUUAAAGGCUGCCUGACGAUUAUAAACUCCAAUUAAAGCAAGUUGUCUUAAAGCAGAUACUGUCCACGCAUAUUGUUUUUAAUUUUUUUCUUUCGUCGUAAACAAAGGAAAUCACAAUGUGGUCGCAUUUGGAACGAGGGAGUUCUCCAGUGGAUUGGUGUGAAUCAAAUUACUCCAUAUCCCCAGUGAUUGCAGAAUUUGUAAACACUAUCAGCAAUGUGCUAUUCUUUCUAUUCCCACCAGUACUAAUACAUCUAUUCCAAGAGUAUGCAAGGGUUGUCAAUCCUGCAAUAAAUGUACUAUGGGUAUUAUUGAUGUUGGUUGGCCUUAGCUCCGCCUAUUUUCAUGCCACACUUAGUUUAGUUGGUCAAUUACUAGAUGAGUUGGCCAUUUUGUGGGUUUUCAUGGUGGCAUUUGCAAUGUUUUUUCCAAAGAGAUAUUUUCCCAAUUUUUUGGGUGGAAACAGGAGGGUGCUAGCAUUAUACUCCAGUGUAUUCUCAGUUGUAUCAACCGGUUUCCUUGUCAUGCACCCGGCUGCCAAUGCUUUCGCGCUAAUGACACUGGCUUUGCCUGCCAUAGGGUUCUUGUAUAAGGAGUUGAACAGGGUGAAAUGUGCACGUGUAUACCGCUUGGGGUUGCGGUGCGUGGCCGUUUGUUUCCUGGCUAUGUUCUGCUGGAUUAUGGACCGACUAUUUUGUGACGCCUGGCUCUCCAUCGACUUUCCAUACAUGCAUGGUGUCUGGCAUGUUCUUAUAUUCAUUGCUAGCUAUACUGCACUAGUUCUGUUUGCAUAUUUCAAUGUGUCAGACGAGAGACCAGAACAAAAGCCGCAACUCAAAUAUUGGCCUAGAAAUGACUUUGAAUUAGGGGUCCCAUAUGUUACCAUCAAACACCCAUAUAAAAAGUACAGAGAUUUGGCUAUAUAACUAUCUCAAUAUAUAUUGAAGUAUUGUGACAUUUUUAAAUAAGUCUUUGUAGGUUAGCCUUUUUAUUAGAAUUUUACAAAAUGGGUGUUUAAAUUUUAGUAUAGUGAGAAAUAGGUUCUUAAUUUUU